UCCGGAGGGCCUCCAGGGCUCGCUAGCCGAGUUCCCACCCAAGUCUUGUGGCGCCAGACCUGCCAGCGCCGGGGCUGCAAGCGCAUCUCCCUCGCCCAGCGCGGAGGGAGAGCGAAGCCAUGAGCAGUUUGAGGUCAAAGUGGAGGCUGGUCCACCUGAGUAUGCCCAGCAGGGUGGCACAAGAGGACAGUUGACAGGUGAGCGGAGGAGAAGGAAAUGGAUUGAUGUGUGAGGAGAACCAAAUGGGGCACUUCUGGUGAGUAGAGACAGGGGAGACCUUCCCUUGCUCCAGGGGCAGGGCCAGGUGGAGAGGUGGCUGCCCCCUAGGUGUGGGACUGGUGGCCAAGCACAACCCCGAGCUGCCUAUCAUGCCUGUAUGUUUGUUGUCCAGCUUUUACCUUCUGAACAUCUGUGCUGCAGGAGUUCCUGUCUCCAGCUGCUUAAAGUGUCCUGGCACUCAUGACAGUUUAGGGAAAAUAUUAGUAUGCUGAGCAGCAAGAAAUGAAAACUACCUUAAAUUGGGGUGCAACAUGUUGGAAUUGCCCAUGAAGUCAGAACUGGCCUGUGGACGCCUUGUGUGCUCUGCUAAUGUAGUGGCUGCUGCUAGGAUGCUGGCAGCAUUGGGGGCAGCCUGAGCCUCGCCUCUGGGCAGCAGCAUUGUAUGCUACGCUCCUUCCUCCCUGAUGGCAGCCUGCAGGGGAGAGCUGGUGGCAAAGCGCUCUGAGUCAGGGCAAGCUGCUGCCUCUGUAGGAGUCAGGGUUCUUUGGAUGCAAAGAAGAGUGAAAAGUGCAUGCCUCACUGACAUUGCUUCCUCCCUCUGCAGAGUCCUGGGGUCCAGGUGUGGCUGGCCCAUCUGUCACAUUGGAGGUCUUCAAUUUCAUGGCUCCUCCCUGAAUGAACCCUGCAGAACACCAAAACCUUGAAGACUGACAGCAGCUGGAGCUUUGUCAGCUGGCCCACACCCUGCUAGUCAACAUGGCUGCUGGGAAGGGGGCUCUGUGGAGCCCUUCAGUUGAAAACACAUGGCGGCUGGGUGAACCUGAGCAGGGUCAGGGCUGCAAGCUGGUGCUGCUGGAGAAAAGAAACUGCCUGGGCUCUGGAGCUGCCAUGGGCAGUGGUGGCCAGGAUGAUGCCCAUGGUGAGCUGACAUUGUCAGCAACCCCAGGCAUGCUCAAACUGGGAGAGCCACUGGCCCGGAAAGUGUGCUUAGAACAGGGACAGAGUGCCUUCAGGGAGGUGCCUCAGCUCAAGAAGAGGCUAGAAGAUGGGCAGGAAAAGGAGAAAGAGCAUGAUGUCCCUGCAGGUCAGCAGCUGACUUGGGAUGUCCCCAGGGACCCAGCUGGCAGCAUGGUCUUUGCUGUGUGGCCCAGCCAAGGCCAAGGGGAGCAGAGAAGCGCCUUCAGCAAACCAGCCAGGUGUCCAGCAGGGAGACCUGGGCCAACAACCUCUGUCUACCAGGCAGGCAGACCUGCAGAUGUCCUGGGAGAGCUGUUGGAACUGAACACGGUAGAUGUUCCUUAUUGGGGUCGACUUUCAAAUUCCAAGGUUUUGGUGGGUCAUUUCUGGAAACUCCAAACCUUGCCACAAAAUGUUCCUCUCUGCAGCUCCUUCCUGGGUGUCCCCACACUAUCACUAAAGCAUACCAGGGCCCAAAUACCCAUGCCCUCCUCCUCCUCCUCCACUGCCUCUUGGGCCCUCCUGCCACCCACGUUCACUUCCCUGGGCCCAUCUACCCAGAACUGGUGUGCGAAGUGCAACCUCUCCUUUCACUUGACCUCUGACCUGGUCUUCCACAUGCGUUCCCACCACAAAAAGGAACAUGUGGGGCCUGACCUACAUUCUAAGAAGCUGAGGGAGGAGGCUGUCACAUGCCCCAUUUGCCAUGAGUAUUUCCGGGAGCGCCACCAUCUCUCCCGACACAUGACCUCUCACAGUUAAGAGGUGGCUGUGCACUAAACCUCUAGGUACAGCCCCCAGCAUUUGGCAGUGAGGCAGAGAUGGCUCACUAGGGCUUCCUUGGGAAAGACUGAUCACAGUUGUCUGCAGGGCCAUCUGCCUCUGAGUUCAUAUAUGAAAAGCUUGGUCAGAAUUUGAAAAAGACAGCCCUUGGCUGUGAUGUGCUUUGAAGGAAAUAAAGUUCUGAAAUAAAACAAUGUACUUUGCUAAUCCAGGAUGUUGGGACUACUAGGCACAAAGUGUCUCUAACAGCUUCAAGAAUGCGGCCCUGUUGUGUCACCAUUCCUUUUUCUCUCUACGGAGGCAAGUUCAGCACUCAGCAAAGGCUUGGGAGGCAGACAAACCUGGAUUUGAAUCUUGGGUCUUUCACGUACUAGCCCUGACCUUGGACAAACUGCUUUAACCAUCUGAGCCCCAGAUGGAGAUGAUGACUCCUGUGUUU